AUGCUAGAAAGUAUCAAUCAUUUGGUCUUCCUAGGGUAUGAGAUCUGUAAAUCAGAUGUGAUUUUCCAGUCGGAGCAAGCAAAUGAACUGUGGGGUGAAGGAACUGGAUUUCUGCAAGACCACAGUCCAGGCAUGAGAGGUCACCUUAACAAACAAGAAAUGAUAUUACUGCAACAGAUCAGCAAGAAGGGCAUACCUCUCCCCAAGCCAACGCAGAAAUGUUGCCCUCCAAAGGAGCUUAUUGAACAUAUUGAUUUGGGCGAUGAAUUUACUCAUACAUCUGCACUGACUCAACAUUUGUUAACUCACAUGAGAAAGAAGCCUAAUAUGAGUCAACAGUGUGGAAAACCACUUAGUGCAGAUUCAUCCAUUAGUGGACAUAAUGAAAUGCACAUCAGACAUAAAUUAUGUGAAUGCCAUCUAUGUGGGAAAACGUUCAGCAAUUGCUUUAGCCUCAGACGACACAAGAUGGUUCACACUGGAGAGAAACCAUUUAAAUGUCAUCUAUGUGGGAAUGGCUUUCUGCAAAGCUCUGACCUUAGAAAUCACUAUCGAAUCCACACAGGAGAGAAGCCUUAUGAAUGUCAUCUGUGUGGUAAAGCUUUCAGUCAGAGUUCUGAACUUACACGGCAUAACAGAACACACGCUAGAGAGAAACCAUACAAAUGUCACCAGUGUGGAAACGCAUUCUGUCAAUAUGCUAACCUUAGACGACAUGAGAGAACCCACACUGGAGAGCAGCCAUAUACAUGUCAGCUAUGUGGGAAAGCCUUCAGUCAUUGUUCUUCUCUUAGACGACAUGAGGGAACCCAACACUAA